GUCAGCUCCAGUUGCUACAUGUACUCCAACGCUUUACCAAGCAGAGGGAAAGGAAUCAAGAGGGAGUAAAUAAGGUUGAAGCAUGAACAAGGCAGUAUUCAUCACUGUUGCGGGAUUUGCCAUGUCAUUGCUGUUCCACAUGACCCAAACUGAAGUCUGUCCUCCCUCCUGCAAUUGUAAGUCACCGGGAGAAAUGACGGAUUGGCAUAUAGACUGCAGUUCCAGGAAGCUGACGGAAGUGCCUGCCUUGCCCGUUAACACCAAGAGGCUUUAUCUACAGAACAACAGCCUGACCUCAGUCCCUCCCGGUGUCCUGGACAGCUUGCGCAGCCUGGAGGAAGUGAAAAUAUUUGACAAUCCUUGGAACUGUGACUGUCAUAUUCUGUAUCUAAAACUCUGGUUAGAAGACUUCUCUCCACUCUCUCUUGAAGACAUCAGAUGUGCAACCCCAGCUCCCGUGAGGAUGAAGCCCUUGAGUCAGCUGACUGGGAAUGAACUGGGGAUUUGUAAGACACUUCUCCCAAUCAAGUGUCUUGAGUUCUUUUGGCGAGACCUCAUUUUAAUUGCUGGAGCAAUAAUUGCAAUUAUUUUAGUAGCAUGGGCUCUGAAAUUCUCAAAAAAGCUGGUCUGCCAAAUAAACCUAAGCCAAUAUGACUCUACGGGCUCACUGUUGGGCAGGCAGACCUCCAAAAACCGCAAGAUACAAUGAGCUGUUCACUACCACUAGCUUGAACAGAAACCUCCAACUAUUCUACCACAAAAAAGCACAUGCACUGGCAACACCAAUUUUAAUGGUCAACAUGCUACAAACAGAUCCAAGGGCUCAAAGUCUUGGUCCUCAGAUAGGCAAGUUUUGAUUUAAUUUCCUUUCAAAAAUAAGCUUGGUGAUGUAUUGACUGGCAAGUUUCAUUCUGCUGCCAUCUACUCAUGUGAAAAGCAGUUUCUAAAUUUUUUAAAAACCAUUUAACUUAGCAUUUUUCCACUGAAAUCUGAGUUUUUAUAGCAAGAAGAUUUAUAUUCCCAAAUCCUACACUUUUGAAUAUAUAGAGAUGAACAACAAUUGUACUAUUUUAGCAAUUCUUUUCUCACUCAGAAGCUGCAUGAGUUUGUGUCCCCAUGGGCUUGGUAGGACCAUUCUUGCGUGCAAAUUCAGCCGUCUCUUCCUUGGAUUCAGGAGUUUCCUGCCAGCAAACCCACAAUGAUUAUUUAGGCCAGCCACUGAAUGUAUCCCUUAUUGAAUACGUUUAAAGGUGAACUUGAAUGAAAAUAUAAUCAGUAAAAAUAAUUUUAAAUACUGUUGUAUUUCCUAGAGAGUGAACAAUAAAAAAGCAUUCUGUGUGAAAUUGAAAUAAUGGAUGUUUAUUGAACAUUCAUACUCACCCAAGUC